AUGGCUGAAAACUUUAACAUCGAGACCAGAACAACAGCUGGAUACAGUCCCCGGAGCAACGGACUACUCGAGAGACAUAACCAAACACUCACCGAGAUCAUCCUGAAGGUCAAACGAGAAAAUGGAUGUGACUGGCACACUGCCCUUGACUGGGCCCUCAUGGCUAAGAAGAAGAGUGUUUGCAGUGCUGAUCAGGCGGUUACGACCGCUGCUCCGACUCAAUCACCCAGAACCACUGUUGCCCCGUCACCCAUCCCACUGCCCGCACCGGAGCGUGGAAACUACACCAUAACCGACGGCAAUGGCACUGCCUGUCUGUUGGCACUCAUGGGGCUGCAGCUCAACAUUACGCACCACUCAAAGUCUCUGAACAAGACCGUCAGUAAAGUCAUGAACCUGCAGCCCAACAGAACCACAGCCUCGGGGUCAUGUGGGGUCCCCAGGGCCACGCUGAUGCUGUCUGAGGAUCUCACCAACCUUACCUUCACCUUCACACUGAACCUGACCACACAGAAGUUUUUUCUGAGUGCUGUGAAAGUCUCUGCCUUCUGGCCUGACAUGACAGAUUGGUUUGUGGAGGGAAACGGCUCUCUGAACUUCCUGCAGUGCAGCGUGGGCCGCUCGUACAUGUGCAGUGCGGAGCAAAUGCUUGCUGUGGUGCCCACCUUCUCCAUCAACACCUUCAGACUGCAACUGCAGCCUUUCAACGUCACUGCAAACCGCUUUGCUGCAGCGGAGGAGUGUCGUGUGGAUCAAGAGAACAUGCUCAUCCCUAUCAUCGUGGGAGCAGCUCUGGCCGGUCUGGUGCUGAUCGUCCUCAUCGCGUAUCUGAUCGGCAGGAAGAGGACACACGCCGGAUACCAGACCAUCUGAUUGUCUUCAUCAUCAUUCUCCUUCUGCACUGUGAUCAACUGCAGCUAGACGCACUGGAGUGAGAGUGAGUGUUUGCUGUGAGGUCAGCUGCAGCGGUCACUUGUAUGUGUGUGUAUCUGUGCUGCAAGGUCAGCUGCUGUGGUCAUAGGUGUGUGUGUGUGUGUGUGUGUGUGUGUGUGUACGUUUGCUGUGAGGUCAGCUGGAGCGGUCACUUGUGAGUGUGUGUUUCUGUGCUGUGAGGUCAGAGGUCAGCUGCAGCAGCAUUAGUGUGUGUUUGGUCUGGACUAUAGUGUCGAUAAGUUCAAAGCUGUUAUGAAUGAAUGAAUGUGUUUGUGUGAAUGAUGAUUGCUUGAGUUCAGACAUUCAGCACAAACUGGACAAACCAGUUACUCUAACAAACCUUCACUCAUGGACAUCCUCAAGUCCUCAAAAAUAAUUUUUUUUAUUUUAUUAUAAUGUCCUUUUAUUGUUCUUUUUGUUCUAAA